CGUUUGGCUAAACCAACCAAACAGAGAGAUUCAAACGGAAGAAACAAACCAAACCUAAACUCCAAAUACAUAAAAACUAAUCAAAAACUUGUUUAGCCGCGGAUGUCUCAGGCCUUGGCUCCACCACCGCUUCUGGUGGUCACCACCGUCGUCCCAGAUCCCCCACACCCUCCCCCACCACCGCCGCAGCAAAAGCCGUACGCUCUGCAAUACGUGACGGAACUUCUUAGCCGGAUAGGUAUCAAAGAAACAGACAAAGAUGGCAACACCAGCCCACAGAGCCCGAGGAGCCCAAGAAACAACAUUCUCAUGGGGAAGUACGAGCUAGGGAAGCUUCUCGGCCACGGAACCUUUGCUAAGGUCUAUUUAGCCCUAAACAUAAAAUCCGGCGAGAACGUCGCCAUCAAAGUCAUCGACAAGGAGAAGAUCAUGAAGAGCGGUCUGGUCGCUCACAUCAAACGAGAGAUCUCCAUCCUCCGCCGUGUGCGCCACCCUUACGUCGUCCACCUCUUCGAAGUCAUGGCGACGAAGACCAAGAUCUACUUCGUGAUGGAGUACGUCCCGGGAGGGGAGCUGUUCAACACGGUGGCUAAAGGACGUUUGCCGGAGGAGACAGCCCGGAGAUAUUUCCAGCAGCUGAUCUCCUCCGUCUCCUUCUGCCACGGCCGCGGUGUCUAUCACCGUGACCUUAAGCCGGAGAAUCUGCUUCUAGACGCUAAAGGGAACCUUAAAGUCUCUGACUUCGGUCUCAGCGCGGUGGCAGAGCAGCUCCGUCAGGACGGGCUCUGCCACACGUUCUGCGGUACUCCGGCGUAUCUGGCGCCGGAGGUUUUAACGAGGAAAGGGUAUGACGCGGCUAAGGCCGAUGUGUGGUCUUGCGGAGUGAUCUUGUUCGUGUUGAUGGCUGGUCACAUCCCGUUUUACGACAAGAACAUCAUGGCCAUGUACAAGAAGAUCUACAAAGGCGAGUUCCGUUGUCCUCGUUGGUUUUCAUCUGAUCUUAUCAGGUUAUUGACUCGGCUUCUCGAUACCAAUCCUGAUACUCGGAUCACGAUACCUGAGAUCAUGAAGAGUAGAUGGUUCAAGAAAGGAUUCAAACACGUGAAAUUCUACAUAGAAGAUGAUAAGCUGUGUAGAGAAGACGAGGAGGAGGAGGAAGAGGAGGAGUCGUGUUCCUCUGGCAGGUCUUCAACGGUGUCAGAGAGCGAUGCAGAGUUUGACGUGAGGAGGAUCGGUUCAAUGCCGAGACCAGCGAGCUUAAACGCGUUUGAUAUCAUAUCGUUCUCCUCGGGGUUUGAUCUUUCGGGUUUGUUCGAGGAAGGUGGAGAAGGGACGAGGUUUCUGUCAGGAGCUCCUGUUUCGGAGAUCAUAGCGAAGCUGGAGGAGGUAGCGAGAGUCGUUAGCUUUACGGUGAGGAAGAAGGAGUGGAGUUUGAGGUUAGAAGGGUGUAGAGAAGGAGCAAAGGGGCCGUUGACGAUUGGAGCUGAGAUAUUUGAGCUGACGCCGUCUCUUGUGGUGGUGGAGGUGAAGCGGAAAGGAGGAGACAGAGGAGAGUAUGAAGAGUUUUGCAAUAAAGAACUCAGACCAGAGCUGGAGAAACUAAUGCAUGACCGAGGAAGUGAGAAAGGAAAAGGAGAAGUUGUAGUAGAAGAAGCAAUGUGUGUUGCCGUCUGAUACUGUAUAGUAAUACAAGGAAGGCUGAGAAUAAGAAUACAAGAUUAUUACAUUCUUUUGUUACUAUUGAGACUAUUUACUAUUCUUGUUCUAUGUUUAUG